AUGUAUAAGAGUAUCCAAUUUUGUAGGUCAAUAUCUUCACUACAUUUUCGAAGUUGCAAACCUAAAAAAUUUUCAACUAUGAAAAAAACAAAAUUUCAUAAGAAAAGUUCGAACAAUUUUGAUAAUAAGAGUGUUGCUGAUAAAAGCUCUAUUAGAGGUAAACAAGUAGCUUUGAUUGGUGUACUGGCCAUACUCACAACCGCAGUUUCAUUCACUUAUCAAAAAAAUAAACCGAUAGAAUUUAUAGAAUAA